AUGCCUCGCGUGAAUAUCGGUCCAGACAACAACGCUCAAAUAGAGAUCACUACUCUACAAUCACAAAGCAAAUCAAGAAAGCUAAAGAAAAUCAAAAUGGCUAGUGGAAGUGAGCGUGUGGUGGUUGUCGGAGUAGAUGAUUCAGCCCAUAGCUACCAUGCACUCGAGACGGCUCUUGAUCUCUUUUUCAUACCUUUCAAGGCCAACCCACGAUUCAAACUUGUCGUCCUUCACGCUCGACCAACAGCGACCUUCUUCCUCGGUGUUGCUGGCCCGGGAACGGUCGAUAUUAUACCAAUGGUGGAAGAAGAUUUAAACAAGACCGCGGACUUGGUUAAGAAGAAGUGCGCCGAAGUGUGCUCGGCUAAGUCCGUUGAGAUCUCGUCUUUGGAGGUGAUUGAAGGAGAUCCGAGAAACAUAAUGUUGGAAGCCGUGGAGAGACAUCAUGCAUGA